AUGUUGAUAGACCACCUGAGACAGGAGUUUAGAAAAGUUCCUAUGACUGAGCAUCUAAGUGUAGACGAGCAAAUUGUUCCCUUCAAGGGAGUAUCAAGCUUGAAACAGUACAAUCCAAAGAAACCCUCUAAAUGGGGAUAUAAAAUAUUUGUCCUAGCAGAUGACAAAGGUUAUGUUUAUGACUUCAGGCCUUAUACAGUUCAGAGUAGGAGACUUCCAGAUUUGUCAUUCCAGUCUGAUAAGCAACUAGCCUCCAAGGGUAGAGGUAGUUACGAUGAAUGGAUGACAACGAGUGACAGUGGUGUUACUACAUAUGCAGUCAAAUGGUAUGACAACAAAGCAGUGUGCCUAAGUUCAACAUUUGCUACUUCUCAACCACAACAGACUUGUGUGAGAUAUGACAGGAAGAGAAAGGAAGAAGUUGAAGUCCCUAGACCUAAUAUUGUCAAAUUGUACAAUGAGCACAUGGGGGGUGUGGAUCUUCAAGACCAACUCCUGACGUACUAUAGAAUGUCUUUUCGUUCUAGGAAAUACUACUUGAGGCUUGUUUUUCAUCUUUUUGACAUGGCAGUAGUCAAUAGUUGGCUACUUUACAGGCGCUCAGCUGUCUCACUAAAAAUUCCUGAGAAGAAGCAAUAUGCCCUCUGUGAUUUCAAACUAAAACUAGCUUUCUCACUCACAGCUAGUGGAAAGGAUUUGAGAAAGAAAAGAGGGAGGCCAUCAACUGAUGCUGUAAAGGUAAACUUUGAGAAAAAGAAGAAAUGUGGCAGAGCAACUAAACCCAUUCCUGAAGAUGACAUCCGCAAGGAUGGAAUAGGACACUUCCCUGCUUUCUCAGCAAACCGUGCAACAUGCAAACUCCCAGGGUGCAAAAGCAAAGUGCGUAUGUAUUGCCUAAAAUGUAAUGUGUACUUGUGCUGUGAUCAGAAGAAAAACUGCUUCCUGGACUUUCACCAGUAG